CCGGCCCGUAAGUAUUAUUAUAGAAACCGAUAUAAAGUUUCCUUUUUCUUAAUAAUAUUUAUUCCGUGGCAGCAAAUGCAAGCCAAUCCAAUGUCAAAACACCAGCUGACGUGGCCAAACGCACAUCAACUGUCGUCUCUCUAUCUCUCUCUCCCUCACUUGUCUCUCUCUCUUCUCUUCGACACUGAUGGCUUCGCUCAGGCUCCCCGCUCAACUAGUUACACGUGGCAAUCUCAUCCACCACAACUCUUCAUCCUCCUCCUCCGGGCGUCUGUCUUGGCGACGUUCUCUCACACCGGAAAAUACAAUCCCGCUCUUCCCAUCUUCCUCAUCCUCAUCCCUUAACCGGGAACGAUCAAUAGUAGUUCCGGUUACAUGCAGUGCUGCAGCGGUUAAUCUUGCUCCGGGGACACCAGUCCGACCCACGAGCAUCUUGGUGGUUGGAGCCACUGGAACUUUGGGAAGACAAAUCGUCCGGAGAGCUUUAGAUGAAGGGUAUGAUGUUAGGUGUUUGGUCCGACCAAGACCAGCUCCCGCCGAUUUCCUCCGUGAUUGGGGCGCCACCGUAGUCAAUGCGGAUCUUAGUAAACCGGAGACAAUUCCGGCGACUUUGGUCGGGAUUCACACUGUAAUUGAUUGUGCCACGGGACGUCCUGAAGAACCUAUCAAGACGGUAGAUUGGGAAGGAAAAGUUGCUCUGAUACAAUGUGCAAAGGCAAUGGGGAUUCAGAAAUACGUCUUUUACUCAAUCCACAAUUGCGAUAAGCAUCCUGAGGUUCCUCUCAUGGAGAUUAAGUACUGCACUGAGAAGUUUCUUCAGGAAUCUGGUUUAAACCACAUCACCAUUCGGUUAUGUGGUUUCAUGCAAGGUCUUAUUGGUCAAUAUGCAGUUCCAAUUCUGGAGGAGAAAUCGGUUUGGGGAACAGAUGCACCAACGCGUGUUGCUUACAUGGACACACAGGAUAUUGCUAGGCUGACACUUAUAGCUUUACGUAAUGAGAAGAUCAAUGGAAAACUUCUGACUUUCGCUGGCCCUCGUGCAUGGACAACACAAGAAGUGAUAACACUAUGUGAGAGACUUGCUGGGCAAGAUGCAAAUGUCACAACCGUUCCAGUUUCUGUAUUGAGAGUCACGCGUCAGUUAACUCGGUUCUUUCAAUGGACAAAUGAUGUCGCGGAUAGACUGGCCUUCUCAGAGGUUCUCUCGAGUGACACGGUCUUCUCUGCUCCGAUGACUGAGACUAAUAGUCUACUAGGUGUGGAUCAGAAGGAUAUGGUGACUCUAGAGAAGUACUUGCAGGAUUACUUCAGCAACAUAUUGAAGAAACUAAAGGAUCUAAAGGCACAAUCCAAGCAAUCAGACAUCUACUUCUGAGUUUCUGACCUUGUAGUGUCUUCAUAAGAUUCAACACUAUUUAUAAACUGCAUUUGCAACCAUACUGUGAGAUUCGUUGUUGCUCUGUUCUUCAAUGGUUAUUGUGCUUCUUCUUGUAAUUAAAGAGAAUUAUUGUAAUGUAAAUGUAGCUUGAGGUGCCCAGAGAGAUUCUUUGUUACCUUGAGGAGAAACCAACAGGUAAAAAAAGAUAAUGAGAUUCCCUUACAAAACCAUCUCUGUUUGACUUUUGUUCGAGGCUAGGGCUGUGAGCUUCUUGUUACAGUGUUUUCUUCACCUUAAAGUCUUCUUCUCAUUCAUUGGUUCUUGU